AUUUCUUCUGAAAAAAUCCAAUUUCCACAACAAGGCCUGAAACGAUUACGUACACAAUAGACAGCCGAACCAUAUCUAGAUUGGGCCAACUGACCCAAUUUCAAGCCGUCCGGUGCCAGCCUCUUAAAUCUAAAUCCAAAGGCUUGGGGAUUUGGGAUUUUGACGGUGAGAGGGUCGACAACGACGAAGGCGACGCAGAUCUAUGCCGGGAAAAAACGAAGUUACGGAUCUCCCCUCCAUCCUCUCUCAUCAGUCAACACAAUAUCUCCCCUGGGGGGUUUUGCAUGCUGUUAAUGGUUGGAGUUUGAUCAAGAAUGCGAUACCUCUUCAAACUUGAAUAUUAAUCUGAGCGUAUAAAUUAAGUCAUGCUCAAGAUAAAUAACUGCAAGUUAUGGAACUGUCAAAGAAGAUGAAGAGGGGGUAUCUUUUGAAGAAUUCAAUCGCUUUCGUGUGCGUUGUUGUCUCUAUCUGUUGCCUUUUUGUUGUUAUUAUAUCGAUGCUUCGGAUUCCUGAAGUACCAGUUGAAAGUGGGGCAGUUGGGUUGUACCGAGCUAAGAAAUCGGGAAAACUUCCCGAGAGUGAGAAGAUUAUAGGGAGAUUUGGGGAGAUGAUGAUGGAGAUGUUGCCUGAGGAUCUUGCUUUUACUGUCUUUGUCCCUUCCCAAAAAGCUUUCGAGCGUGAUUUGAGACUACGGAUGAAUGAUAGUAUGGUGGGGGAGAAGAUGAAUGAUACGUAUGCUAUAGUUUCUCGGAUAUUGGGUUUCUCAGCUGUUCCGCGGACUCUUUCAUCGGUUACGGUACCAUUUGACAGGGAGGUCUCUUAUGAUUCAAUUUCUGGGUUUACGUUGUACAUUUCAAAAGAUACAGAUGGGAUGCUAGUUGUUAACAGGAUUCGGUCAGAAAGGGUAGAUCUUAGAAAGGGAGAGAUUGUUGUCCAUGUUAUGGAUGGAGUCGUCAUGGAUGCUGAGUUCGAGCAAUCGGUUCGAGCUGAUUACAAUGAAGAAGAAUGACUGGAAAUGACCCAUCAGAGCUUAAAAAAUCUUAUGUCAUCGAAUUAAAAAAAAUCAAGCAAAUAGGUUUCUAACUCGAGAGAUAAAAAUUAGCCCGACGAGGAUAUUGUUGUUUUUUUUAUUUUCUUGUCAAAAAAGAAAGAAUAGGUGACUCUAGGUUCAGUUUUUUUGGGGCAAUUGUUAUUUUUUAGAACAAUCUUAUUGAGAUAUAUGUUUUAUCUUUUGCAAGUAAAAACUCAUGUAUGAAGCAUCUUAUGUUAUAUUUAUCUUGCUGAUUGAUAAUAGUUUCAAUUUUAGGCGGA